GGCCUGCUAGGGUUAAGGCAUUCGAUAAUUAUGAGGUAUCGCCGGUCCGUCGAUAGGUAGAGAAAGAUGCCUAUCGAGAAAUCGUUUCAGGGAAUGUCAACAAAGUGGAAAUAAAAUGAAUAUUUUACCAAAAAAACGCUGGCAUGUGCGUACCAAGGAGAACAUUGCCCGCGUGCGCCGGGAUCAAGCGGCUGCCGCAGCAGAAGAAAAAGUUCGGCAGGAGAAAUUGGAUUUUGCAGAAAGCGAGGCACGAAUUAACUUUCUGCGCCGCCAAUCCGGCUUGCCGGAGAAGGUUUCCAAGGAAUCGCAAGUGGAGCCGCAAUGUAGUACUGAAGCAAACAAAGGAGUGGAUCUUUUCGCCGACUACAAGGCAAGAGUAAAGACCACCAACAAGGACCUGGAGAAGGAGCAAAAGGAAGAGCAGGAGAAGUAUGAGAAACAGAUCGGCUACCUCACCUACUUGGGCCAGGACACCAAUGAAGCUUUGAAAGUGCGCAGCUGGUACGAGGUAGCCCCCAAAAGACCCGAAGUAGGAGAUCCCACUGCAACUGAGGCUCAUCUCAAGCAAAAGCUAGCGCAUGAUCCUCUGACUCUCAUCAAUGCUUUGUUGCCGCCCGAGAAAAAGGAUCUCAAAAAGGCGAUUAAAAGAAAACGCGAAAGGACAGCCACUCCUCCUCGGGAACCUUCAAUACCUCACAAGGUCAAGAAAUCCAAAAAGGAUAAGAAGCAUAAAAAGCACAAAAGCAAAAAGGAUUCAAAAGAGUCCCUUCUGGCCGAGGAACGCCAGAAACGAGAAAAGCUCGAGAGGCUGAGAAGGGAGCGCCUGCAACGUGAAACAGCUGAGCGCCAGCGUUCCGAGGCUUUGCUCGCGCCCAAGGAGCUGCCUGUGGCUGCGAGUGCAGCAUCCACGCCAGCUCCCACGCCUAGGAUUGUACAAAAGUACAACAGCCAGUUCAAUCCAGAGUUAGCUAAGCAAAAUAUGUAACCUAAUGUUAACAGCCUAGUCUUUGAAUAUAACUUACUUGGAUUAGUAGCAAUAGUUUAUCAAAAUAGAAUUUUGCAAUUAAAAUAAUAUUCUUUGCUUAAACAUACAACGAAGAUUGAAGCCAAAGCCUGUAAAAUAUUU